ACAGCUGAGCCUUGAGUGUCUCUUAAGGAUGCAAUAGUUCCUGCUACACUUCCAGCUGGCCUUUGCUGCACAUGAGACACUGCCACCACCAUGGAGGGGAUUGUGACUAUGUACCAGGACUUCAUGAAGAAAGCAGACCCCCGCAUCGCUGACUAUCCACUGAUGCAGUCCCCGUUCCUUGUGAUGGGCAUCCUUCUGGGAUAUGUCUACUUUGUCCUAUCCCUGGGUCCCCGGCUAAUGGCCAACAGGAAGCCUCUAAAUCUGAAGAAGUUCAUGGUGCUAUACAACUUCUUUCUGGUGGGACUCUCCCUUUACAUAGUCUAUGAGUUCCUUAUGGCAGGGUGGCUCACUGGGUACACCUGGCGAUGUGACCCUGUGGACUUCUCACAGGACCCCAAGGCCCUCAGGAUGGUCAGUGUUGCUUGGCUCUUUGUUUUCUCCAAGUUCAUCGAACUGACAGACACGGUCAUCUUUGUCCUGCGGAAGAAGAAUGAGCAGGUCACAUUCCUGCACCUUUUCCACCACUCUGUUCUGCCAUGGAGCUGGUGGUGGGGAGCCAAGUUUGGUCCAGGGGGAAUGGGCUCAUUCCAUGCCAUGAUCAAUUCCAUGGUGCAUGUUGUCAUGUAUUUCUACUAUGGGCUCUCAGCAGCAGGACCUGCCUUUCAGAAGUACCUGUGGUGGAAGAAGCACAUCACAGCCAUCCAGCUGGCACAGUUUGUGAUUGUCUCCGUCCACAUCUCCCAGUAUUACUUCAUGCCCAACUGCCAAUACCAGUUCCCCAUCUUCAUCCACCUUAUCUGGAUUUAUGGGACCAUCUUCUUCAUCCUCUUCUCCAAUUUUUGGUACCAGUCCUACACCAAGGGCAAGCGGUUGCCCAGGGUGGCUCAACAAGCAGCCCAGCACAACGGUAGCAGCAUCCAUGAAAAUGGCACUGUCACCAAUGGCAAGGUCAAAGCCAACUAGAGGGUAAAGUGCUCCCAGAGCCAAUGAGAGCCCCGGGGCAGAGGCAGCUGGGACCUGUCCUCUGCUCCUGGGUGCCACUAGCCAAGUCAAGUGCCUACAGACUGUUGUACCCCUGUGCCCAGUCCUGCUGCCCCCUGUCUGCAUGCUCAGCCCCUCUGCUCUGAGCAGCCAUGGGCCACUUCUGCUCCUGGGAGGGCUUGUGCUGUUUCUCAGUGUUGCUGAGCAGAGAGGCAGCUGCCUGCAUCACAGCUGUGGGGCUGCAGUCCCAUUCCAGUGUUUCCAAAGGAACUUUCCCCAAGUGCCUACAUCUGGCUCUUCUGCCUAGGGGCCAUUUCCUUCUGAGUAGGACCAAAAGAAGAGACCGCUUCCUGUCCUGGUGCCCUCUCCUCUUCCCUGUCUCACAAGAGCUUGUAUGGAUGAGCAGAUUCAUCCCUGGCUGCUCGUUACUGCCAGCUCAUGUGAGUGCUCCUGCUCUACGAUGCCUUGUGCCACUUUGUUCCAUGCCACAGUGCUGCAUGUCCCUUCUGGUCCCUGUGUGCCCAGCUUGGGAGCCCUGCCCUGGCAUAUCUGUGCUCAGGUGUCAGUGGAGAACGUAGGGGCAGUACUUGUGGGACUUAAGGGCCCAGACCUGCCCAGUACGGUACCCAUGCCCUGUGCCUAGUACAUAGCAGGGGCUGUGACAGCCUGAAAGGCUUCCCCCUUGUGAUAAGCCCAGGUUGCUUUGCUGUCCUUGUGCCUGGGCUGGGUGCUCAGUGUGGGCUUAAGCCACACUUACCUGAUCCUCUAAGGCAGCUGGUGGCUUACUCCAUAGUGGGGGAGGCCAAGCUCAGCCAAGUCUUGGACCACUUCCAUUCUUGUAAAUUCAAGACUUGAGCAAUAAGUGCCCCUAAAAUCAGCUCCUGGGCUCUCCUGCUUGGGUCCAGCCCUACUCUGGCCUAGCCUGAGCACAGUCGAGGGCAGUUUUAAGUGAGCACCUCUUGCCUUUGUGGAUCUGACUGGGCCUGUGUGAAGAUGUGCUCUGUCCUUCAGCAAGGCAGUGCAGCAGUUCUCCUGGCCUGGUGCCCAACACCUGCUCUGAUUGUAACCAAAACAUGCUGAUGGCCUCGAGGACGAGGUGAAGGAGCCAGGCCCUGUCAGAUUGGGCUGCUCUUCUAUCACAAAUAAACAAACAGAAGGAGAAAUG